AUGCCAACUGAAGCAAGACAUUUAAAGUCUGCAUCAAAACAUUUUUGUCUUUCAGCUAUUGGUCUGUACAAGAUUCCUUUGGCGAGAGUGGCUACAGGAAUGGUAAUGCGAGGACAGCCAAAGACCGAGCAGGUGGCUAAGAAAUUCACAUGGUGCCAAUGGGACUGCCAGAAUCAACAGUUAUUCUAUAUGUUACACCGUCGAGAUGGCAACAAUAUCAAACAGCAUUUACUGUCAUGUGUACAGUUCUACAAUAAUGCCACACAUGAUCAUGUGCUGGAUGUUCCACUUAAUUUCCCUGUUGCUUCCAAAUCCUCAGGCAGAUGUUACUAUGCCGAUAUUCCUCUACACAAUGGAAUACCUGACACAAGUAUGAAUAUUUGUGUGUUAACACAGAACACUGGUACAUUCUGUAUAUGUUAUCAGCAACAGGUGCUGGCAUCAGACAGGAGAGCCAAGUCGUCCCCUCUACCACGAACAUCACCUCUACAAAGAAACUCUCCGUUACAACAUUCCUCACAUUAUCAGGUAUAUUCAUUAUGUUGUUAUGUUACUAAAUUGAAUAUUUUAAAUGCUGCG